UUACAACAGCGUGCAGUUGAAGCUAUCAAGACAGAAAUUCCAGGUGCAUCAAUCCAAGCCGAUUUCACAUCCUUCCCAUCCGUAAAAUUAAAACGUCUAUUUAAUGGUGAAAAUAAUGAAAAUCUUCCGCUACGUUCUCGUUUAAUAUUCCCUGGUGGAAAUGAUUGUAAAAUGAAUCCAACAAAAGUUCGCAUGACUAGAGAAGAUCAACAGAUUCUACAUUCGCAUUUACUUAAAUAA